ACUUUCUGGCCAUCGUUGAGAACCGAGUGUUUCUUGGCGCGAAAAUUUCGUCAGCCAAUAAGCGGCUUGCUAAAUGACGUAAUGUUUUGGUCGGUAGAGUGAUUUCAUUCCAAAAAAAUGACAGGAUGGGGACCAUAGCGGCUUCAGUGGAACGAGUUACGUUUAUUUCGGAUUAACUAAGGCAUAAAGACACGGCCAAAGAAUUUCCAGAAUGGGUGAACACGUUGUAGGAAGCUGUGAAAACAUGGAUGUGCUGUUUUACGAGCAGAGCGCAUUACCAGUGAACAGUUUUUCGCGUUAUGACAAGAACGCGCUGCGGUUGAAUCUCGAAGGUCAUCAUCCGUCAGUCGUACAGGAAUACAGAGGGAACGGAAAGUUAGGAAUUUACGAGAAUUCGCCUGAAUUAUCUUUGUUCAAAAUGGUUUCUCCUGAGCUGGAAAAGUUUAUUGCAAGCAAUACGGGGCUAACACCUAAAGGAAACCCUGGAGGAAUUAAUUCACCAGAAUUUACUUUAUUUAAUCUGAUUUCACCAGAGUUUGAAAAAAUUCUCGCCAGUGUUCAGAAUCAGAAAUCGCCAACGCAUAUUAAAGGUGCGCGAGAAGGGAACCACAGCGUUAAGCAACAGCACGAAGCUUAUGUCCAAGGAUUUGCCGAGGCUCUACAACAAAUCCAUGAUCGACAGCAACAACCGGUCGAACAUCUCAACAAGCAAAAUACAAUACCCGUUAGUUCAGGUACCAAUAACACUUGGGCAGAACCUGAAAACACAGUUAACAACUUCCACACGCAAAUAGCCGUUAAUGAGACAUCGUAUGAUAUCAGAAAUCCCCCUUACGCCGGGGUGACAACUUAUGAACAUCAUGAACUAAACCCGACGGCUUUUACGGCCCCGGUUGUGGCAGAAACAGAAAAUUUUGAAUACGCUGAGGACUCUUUGAAACCGCAACCAGGGAAUGUACUUCCUCUACCGCCCAUAGAUUUAGAACUUCAAGAAAUUGUAAAACGCGAACGAAAGAAACAGAAAAAUAGAGUGGCAGCGUCAAAAUGUAGAAAAAAGAAACUUGAAAGGGAAGCACAGCUUGAAGUUAGAGUACAGCAAUUGAAAGAUAAAAAUAUUGAACUUAACGCCGUGGCGAACGCGUUACGCCAGCAAGUAAGUGAACUGAAGCAACGAGUUUUAGAACAUGUAGCGUUCGGAUGUCAGCUUCCUUCCAUAGCGUCAGCUUCUUUCUAGAAUUCACAUUUCAAAUAAUUCUACUUGUCUUUAAUUGAUAAUACAGUUUCCUUCCUUUUAGAUUUCUUCUAAAAAGUUUGGUUCGCUCUUACAGAGCGGUUAAAUAUCGCGUUUGAAAAUUCCAGGAAUGUGUCCAAUUUUGUGUUUGUUAUCACCCGUUUAACAUCCCGGCUGCAGGUGGCGGGAGUGUUUUCUGAAGAGAGAAAGUUAACAAACGAUUAGCAAUAAUAAAAGUACUGUUUUUUUCCACUCCCAUGCUAAGUUAUAUGCAAGAUUCAGAACAUUUGUGUGGGACAAAGGGCGUUAGAUUAAAUAUGAACUGGUAGCGGUUGAAGACAACUGUUCUUCGAAAGGUAAUUUAGGUAAUUUAGUUGAAGAAAGGCGAGUUGUGCCCUUGACUUCCUUGGAACAGGUAGUUGUCAUGGUCUAAGGCGAUGGGAGAGUAAAAAAACAGAAAUUUCACGCAUUUUGAGAGCAAUUCCCUAAAACUCUCAAGUGUUUUUUCUUCUUCUUCUUUACAAAAACAAAACUAGUUAAAAAGAAUCGUUGAAAUUUACUACAAAUAUUCACCAAUGUUUAUAAAACGCAAGGAAAUGUACAUAAUUGAAUUUGGCACGACCGCUAGCUCUGUUAAUAUAACUUUAGCAUUCCUUGAAAAAAAUAGCAUAGUAAUUUAAUUCAAGAAAUUAGACGACAAUAGACCGCACUUUCUAUCGGUGGACUUGGGUAAUUAACCACGCAAGAAGCCGGGAGAACACGAGAAAUGAUUGUAAAUCACCUUCGGAAGGCGAGUGAUUUACAAGUUUUUCCGAUGUUCUCUCAAUAUUGCGCUAUUUAACCGAUCAAAACCGCGGUCUAAUGCCUUUAAUAAAAUAACUAUGGAUUUACUGCUGCAAU